AUGAGAGAUUUUUUAAAUCGCAUAAAUAUUGAUAACAUUCUUUCACCUCUUCAAAAUAACGACGAUAUGAUACAAAUGCUUAAAUCUCAAUUGAAAAAUACUUUAGUAUUAACUGGAAAAGAUUUAAUAAGAAGAAACGUAGAACAUGAAGUUCACAGGGUGCGAUCUAAUAAUGAUAUAAUUGAUAUUGAUUCGGCAACGAAUAUAAUUUGGAAUUCAUAUUUAACAAACUCGCAGAGAGAGUGGCUAAUGCGUCUCGCGGAUAAUAUAAGUAACAAUCGUAACUCUGAGACCAUUUAUCGAAUGUCUCAGAUUAAUAUACCACAAAUUACAAAUAGUUCUUUUGAAGAUAAUUUUUUUAAUGGUUAUGGAACAAACUUUUAUGAAGAGGAAAGUUUCCAAUCUUUAAUUUUACCUAAUGGUUGUUUUAGCUCUUCGAUAUUUCCUUAA